GUCAUGGUAACAAUUGUUGUAAUGGCGCUUUAUUCCUUUUUCGACAAUGUCAACAACGUGUUUUAUUUGUAAUAAUUUAUAGACAGAGAAAGCCACAAUCUAUCGGAAUAAGCAACGCGGUGUGUCAUUUAUUAAAGUUCUGCUGACUGUAGAAGUGAAGUGUGUCUUUAAGCAGUGAUUUAGUGCUGCUUCUGUUCGUCGAGAGAAAUGACCUGCCGUGAACUCAACUCCAGAACCUCGAAGCUUCUCAGUGAAAUCCACGAGAUUUAUCAAGAUAUCAGAGAAGAGUCAAUACAACCAGCAGAGACUUCUGGUAGGUCGGUGGAGAACACGGUGAUUCUGCUUAAAGAGAAAGCAGAAAGAGGAGAUUUGCAAGCCGCCUUCCUCCUGGGACAGUUGCACUAUGAGGAGGGCCGCUACGCAGAAGCAGAGAUCAUCUUUGAUGGCAUUAAAGAUGAAGAUCCUCGAGCUCUGUAUCAGCUGGCUGUCAUAUAUUACGAUGGCCUUGGAACCAAAGAAGACCUUCGCAAGGCAAUUGAGUACAUGAGAACAGUUGCAUUCUGGGAUUCGUCCGAGGUGGGCUGUAUCAGAUACGCAGCGCUGUAUAACCUGGGCCGGUCGUAUCUGGAGGGUUAUGGUGUCGAGGCGUCCAGCACUGAAGCAGAGCGGCUUUGGCUCCUGGCAGCUGAUGAUGGAAACCCGAACGCUAGUGUGAAAGCGCAGUCGUCUCUGGGCAUGUUUUACUGCAGACCGGAGACUCUGGACCUCAGAAAGGCGUUCUCGUGGCACUCGGAGGCGUGUGGUAACGGCAGUCUGGAGUCUCAGGGCGCUCUGGGUGUCAUGUAUCUGUACGGUCACGGCGUGCAGAAGGACCCCGACGCAGCCCUGUUCUGCCUGAAGGAGGCGGCAGAGAGAGGAAACGUCUACGCUCAGGGUCACCUGACGGCCUGCUACUACCACAGGAAGCUCUACUCCAGAGCAGCCGCCCUGGGAGAGAGAGUGUGCGGAUACGAGGACAUCAGUGCCAUAGCGCGGCACACGGACUGUCUGGAGGAGUACAUCAGGAAGGGCAUCGCUAUAGCCAUGUUUUACUACGCACGCUGCCUUCAGCUGGGCCGAGGCGUCCUGAAGAACAGAGACAGAGUGAAGAGCUACUUCUCACAGGCUGCCAGGAUCGAUCCAGAGAUCUGUAAGGAGCUGCAAAUGGACGUGGUGCACGGCAGGAUAUAAAUCACAAGUGCAACAGCAAUCACUCAUUUAAUCUCAUCAAUGUAAUUGAUGGAUAUACAGUUGUGCUCAUGAGUAAGCAUAUCCCUUGCAGAAUAUGGAAAAUGUCAUUUCAUUUGAACUAAAUAAGGGGGAUCAUGGAAAUUGCAUGUUAUUUAUUUAUUUUAUUUAACACUGUCUUGAAUAAGCUAUUUCACGUAACAGAUGUUUAUGUAUUCUCUACAAGACAAAAUAAUAACAGAUUUUUUUUUUUAAAUACCUUAUUCAAAAGUUCUUUCUGUUUUGUGAUAGUUGUUCAUGAGUCCCUUUUUGGUCCUGAGCAGUUGAGCCUGCUGUUCUUCAGAAAAAUCCUCAAGCUCUGGCACAUUCUUUGGUUUUCCAACAUUUUCUGCAAAUUUGAACCUUUUCCAAAAGUGACUGUAUGAUUUUGAUAUCCAUCUUUUGGACAGUUGGGGGACUCAUACAUAACUAUGGUAUAAGGUAGAAAGCAACAUUUAUUGAUGCUCAAGAAGGCAACACAAUGCAUUAAGAGCUGGGGGUGCAACCUUUUUGAAUUGUAUGAUCAGAGUAAAUUGUACUCAUUUUUUCUUCUGGGAAACAUUUAAAUAUUUGUGUAGCUUCUUGAGUGCAGUACCAGAUGAAAAAAACAUGAUCUUUAAACAAAAUAAGAAAAAUGUACAUAUCAUCAUCCUGUUCAAAAGUUUACACCCCCAGCUCUUAAUGCGUUGUGUUGCCUUCUUGAGCAUCAGUAAAUGUUUCCACCUUUUGUAAUAGCUGUUUAUGGAUCUCAAAAUCAUACAGUCACUGUUG